UUUUGCAGUCCUCGGAGCCUCCCGCGACCUCAGGACUGGGUCGUGCGCUCCCCUUCUCGGCCGCCGUAGUUUUGUUUUUUUUUUUUUUAAAGUAAAAACGGUUACCCAGCAACGAGAAAAACAACCGGAACCGGCGGCACCUGCUUGGAGAGAAAGGAGGUUCCAUAGGCAGUUCUUACCAAGAAGAUGUCGAUUCCAUUCUCCAAUACCCACUACCGAAUUCCACAAGGAUUUGGGAAUCUUCUUGAAGGGCUGACACGCGAGAUUCUGAGAGAGCAACCGGACAAUAUACCAGCUUUUGCAGCAGCCUAUUUUGAGAGCCUUCUAGAGAAAAGAGAGAAAACCAACUUUGAUCCAGCAGAAUGGGGGAGUAAGGUAGAAGACCGCUUCUAUAACAAUCAUGCAUUCGAGGAGCAAGAACCACCUGAGAAAAGUGAUCCUAAACAAGAAGAAUCUCAGAUAUCUGGGAAGGAGGAAGAGACAUCAGUCACCAUCUUAGACUCUUCUGAGGAAGAUAAGGAAAAAGAAGAGGUUGCUGCUGUCAAAAUCCAAGCUGCCUUCCGGGGACACGUAGCCAGAGAGGAGAACCACACAGAACAAGACUAAUAACAUCAUAUUGGAAAAAGCAAAAGCUAUCAUAUCAUGCUGACUUCUUCAGUUAAAACUUCCCAAGUUUUUAAGUAUACAAAUGGUAAUGCCUGUUUCACAAACUCAGAGGCUUUAUCUCUUUUAUGUUUUCAAUGAACCAUUCAAAUCCCCAGCGCCUUAUUUUUAGAAAGUUCAAUCUCUCCUUUUUGAGGCCUCUCCACCCUUGAUUGUUGAAGAAACUGAGAGUUCAUGUCUUAGACCAAAGGGUGCAGUUCUCUUCCCAAUACAAAGAGUAGAAAGUGGAGUCUUACCAUUUAGUUAAUGCUGUUGCCUUCUACCAUAAUGUUGUAGCAUAGUCCAGCAGACUAAGGCGAUUCUCUGGCUGGUUCCAAUCCUGCCUGCACCACAGUGGAUGACCCAUGAUUUAGUUCUAGGAUUACAUCUCUCUUGGUUUAUAGUCACAAAGUCAGUCUUCCCCCAAAAUUCAAAAACAAGCCAGGAUGGCUCAGUCCUGAGGAGCUUCUAAAACCAGGUAUAUGUUGUCACAACAAAUACUCUCCUACAAAUACUUUGAUCCUUGUCCUAGGCUUAGACAUGUUCUUUCUGCAAAGCAGUUUUAUUUCAGGUGCCUCACUGCCCUUCCCUGGCACUGAGCCUUUAUCAGACUCUGCAACAGAGGUUCCCCCAAGUGAUCGCCACUCAAACACAGUUGAUUCACACCAAUGCUUCCAAGGUUGUGGCAUUCAUUCUCUAAUGUCCACUCAUACAGGCAGCCUUUCUCCUUCCAAAAUCUUGCUGCCACUAUAGAGAGUUUCAUGCUAGCUAAACACAAGUCUCUAAUAUCCCCCUUCCUCCCCUCCUUAACCCCUCUCCUCCAGGCUUACAGAGUAAAAGAAAUCAGUUCUCCUCCAGGAUUCCAACUGUUUGUCCCUCCCAUUCCACUGAAAGCACCAGUUUCUAACACCUUCCCCUCUCAGACAGAGCCAUCCUGCUUAGAGAAUUGUCAAGGGAGGACCCAGAAUUUAUGCAAAGACUUAGAUUCCCUGACCUGUAGAGGAGACCAGAAGAGAAAAAAAGGGAUAUUUUUCCCUAGUGAGUAUAUAGCAGGAAAAAAAAAAGAGAUGAGUUAGCCUUUUCAGUAAAUUCUCUUGUUACACACAUAAAGUGACUAACACUGUGCAUUCCAUACACACACACACACACACACACACACAGACAGAUCUAGUGGUGGUGAUAUUUGUAGUGAAGGAGGAAAAGGAAAAGGCGAGCAAUGGAUGUGAUAUUACGGGAACAACACGUAUGAAUGACACUUUAUUAGAACUUACCUGGUUUUCCUCUUGUCUCUCUGGCUGUUCCUUCUCAAUUCCCUUUACUGGUAACUCUUCAACUCCCCAACCACUAAAUGCUAUGUGCCCUUAGGCUCAGUCUUUUGACCCCAUUUCUACACUCACUUGAUUUCCUGCAGUUUUGUAGCUUUAAAAUCCAAUCUUCUUAAUGAUUACUCCAAGACCUUUCUCUCCUCUACCUGCGAACUUCUAUAUUCAGCUGCCUACAUAACAUCCCUAUUUGGAUGUCUGUAGGCAUCUCAAAAGUAACAUAUAAAAAAUGACUCCUGAUAUUGCCACCAAAUCUGAAACUUCCCCCACACCCAAGUUCUUCCAUUCAAAAAUGGCUGCUCCAUUCUUCCAUUUGCUCAGGCCAAAAACCUUGAAUUCGUCUUUAAUGCAUCACUUUCUUUCACACCUCAUAUACCAUCUAUCAGCAAAACCUGUGGGCUGUACCUAUGAAAGAUACUCAGAAUCUGCCUACUUCUCACCACUUCCAUUGUUACCACCUUGGUCCUAGUUCCCAUGAUAGCCUUGUGAAUUAUUGCAAUAACUUAUAUUGGUCAGUGAUUAAUUUACUACUACUGCACAACCCAUUCCAAAGUCAGUGGUUUAAGACAAUUAUCUUUUCUCCUGGGUCUGUAGAUCAGUGGUAAUGUAGCUGAGCUAGGCUGGACUACAACCGCAAGCUUAGGUUCAGGUCAGCUCUAAGCUGUGCGUUUGUGGGUUGACAGAGGAAGGUCUGCUUCAGGCUGUGGACCCAAGGGUCAGCUGCAGCACAGUGCCUCUACUUCACAUGUCCUAUUCUGAGCCCCUGCUGAAAGACGUUAUCCAGGACAAGCUUUUUUCGUGCUGGUCACAGAAGACAAGCAGGAAAACCCAGCAUGCAAGAGCAUUUCAAGCUUUUGCUCAUAUCACUUCCACUGACAUCCCAUAUACAAAAGAAAGUCAUCUAAUGAAGCCCAAAGUGAGGAGGAUGAGGAAGUACACUGUUCACCAUGCAGCCAUAGCAAAGGCUCAUGUGUGCAUAAUGCUACUACAGGGUAGUGAAGAAUUGGGACCAGUAAUUUAAUCUACCACAAUCUGCUUUCUUGAUUAUAAUUAUAUAUUUACCACAUGUAAAAAUAGACCCACUCCUAUCCCAAAACCCCUAAAAGUUCCAUCACAUCUUUGAAGUCCAGGAUCUCAUGAUCUACAUCAGGUCCAGAUAUAGUCCUUCUUGAUAGAGAGACCUGUGAAUUAAAAGAGCAAGUAUCCUUUUAUCACAUACAACAAAUGAUGGAAUAGAGACAAUAAUCACAAAAAAUACUCUUAUUCACAAAGGGUAGAAAUGGAAGCAGGUGACAGCCACUGGUCCAUAGCAAUUAGGAAACCUCAUUGGACAAUGCUUGUCAGGUUCCUCUAUUGGAGGGAAUUAUGUUUCAUGAUUACACACUGUUUCUACUCCCUAAGAAUGACCUUCCAGUCUAUCUUCCAUAGCUCUUGGUUCUGCACUCUAGGGAAUCAUUCUUUUUCCCUCAUCUUCCUUAGUCACUUGCAAAGGACAUUAGAGAAUAUGCCUUUUUUGGUGGAUAAAUGGGUUCUUCAACCUGCUUUCUGCCUGUAGAAAACUAGAGACAAAUAAUCUGUUUGUACCUUGUAGAAUGUCAAUCUCUUUUAGCUGGCACUGGUACUUUUGUCAAUAAAGUUCUUUUUUAAACUUUG